AUGGGUGGUUUGAUUGCUUUUAUUGAGGCUUGUUCUUUCUUAGUUGAGCAGAUUCGUGAGCAUCAGUUUGAUGACAAGAAGUUAAGUCUCAUUCGAGAAAAGGUGAUGAGAUGGAAGCCAAGGAGGUUGUUCUUGAUUUUAAAGGCAGUUGAUGGACAAGAGAAAGCUUUCGACAGUAAUUGGGAUGAGCAAGAUGUUCUGCUAAGAACCUGGAUCUCAGAAACUAUGACUAAAGAUAGCAUGUAUCUCAUUGUGGGCUGCUCAACAGCUAAGGAGAUGUGGGAAUGCUUUGAGGAAGCUUACCUUCAAGCAACAAAGGAUAAAGAGUUCCAACUUAAACAACAACUGCAAAACAUUAAGUUAGGAACCAAUAAACUUGAUGAGUACUUGAAAGAAUUCAAUAGCAUAUGUGAUGGACUUGCUGCCAUACACAAGUUGAUGAAGACAACAAAGUAA